GCGGCGGGGGCAGGGCUCUCUCUCCGGCGGCCUGCGAAAGCCCUGAGCUGGUGUUGGCGGCAGCGCUUCGCCGCUUUACCGCGCGUGACUGCCGUCGGCCUCCUCACCUGGGCGCCGUUUUCUACCAGGGACCGCGCUCCUCACUUGAGCGCCCGGCUCGUCACCGGGAAGCGGCGCCCAGCACCUGCGCUCUGCUCCCGCGUCUGCCUAGCCGGCCUUCGGGGCCCUGGAAUCCGCAAUUCCGGGGUGCCCGAGGCGUUGGGCACCGCUAGUUUAAAUGGGGAGAAGCAAAGCGUACAUUGGCAAGAGUUUCCUGUUGGCGAUGUGGGGAACGAUAACCACAAGGAAGUGCCGAGUUUUUCAGGGUCUAAGUUGGCCGCAAGCCUAACUUGCCCGGGUCCUUUCCGCCCCGGUGGAGAGUCACUGGAACGCGUGAUCCGCCAGUGAUCGCGGCGGCCUGUGAAGGCCACUGCCGUCCCAGCCGCCUUCCUUGGCGUGGCCUGCGCCCGACUGAACCCGUGGGGUGCACAGCUGGCGCUGCUGCCAUACCGUGGGCACAGCUCCCAUGGCUGGGAAGAGGUCAUCAGGCAGGCGGCCCCUCCUGCCGCUGCUGGGGCUGCUGGUCACAGUCGCUGCUGUCCACCUUGUCACCUGUCCCUACACGAAGGUAGAGGAGAGCUUCAACCUGCAGGCCACGCAUGACUUACUCUUCCACCAGCUGGACGUGGAUGAGUAUGACCACCAUGAGUUCCCUGGUGUCGUCCCCAGGACGUUCCUUGGACCUCUGUUGCUUGCAGCGUUCUCUAGCCCUGCGGUGUAUGUGCUCUCACUGCUGGAAGUGUCCAAGUUUUAUUCUCAGCUGAUAGUCAGAGGAGUGCUCGGGCUAGGCGUGAUUUGGGGACUGUGGACAUUACAGAAAGAAGUGAGACGGCAGUUUGGGGCCACUGUGGCCACCAUGUUCUGCUGGAUGACAGCCACACAGUUCCACCUGAUGUUCUACUGCACGCGGACACUGCCCAACGUGCUGGCCCUGGCCGUGGUGCUGCCUGCCCUGGUGGCCUGGCUGCGGCACCGGUGGGCCCGCUUCAUCUGGCUCUCUGCACUGGCCAUCGUGGUCUUCAGGGCCGAGCUGAGCUUGCUGUUGGGCCUUCUGCUGCUGCUGCCCCUGUGCCGCCGCCGGCUGUCCCUGGCCACCCUGCUGUGCCAUGCUGUGCCUGCAGGGCUCCUCUGUCUCGGACUGACGGUUGCUGUGGACUCCUACUUCUGGAGACAGCUUGUGUGGCCAGAAGGGAAGGUGCUGUGGUACAACACUGUCCUGAACAAGAGUUCCAACUGGGGCACCGCCCCACUCCUGUGGUACUUCUACUCGGCCCUGCCCCGUGGCCUCGGCUGCAGCUUCCUCUUUGUGCCCUUGGGUGCUGUGGACCGGAGGACCCAUGCACUGAUGCUGGCCUCGCUGGGCUUCGUAGCCCUGUACUCACUCCUUCCACAUAAGGAGCUGCGCUUUAUCAUCUACGCCUUCCCGGGGCUCAACAUCGGGGCUGCUCGGGGCUGUGCUUCCCUUCUGAAUAAUUACCGGAAGUCUUGGCUGUACAAGGCGGGGACCCUGCUCGUGAUUGGACACCUGGUGCUGAACGCUGCCUACACAGCAGCAUCCCUCUACGUGUCCCACUUCAACUACCCUGGUGGCGUGGCGAUGCAGCGACUGCAUGAGCUGGUGACCCCUGGAACAGAUGUCUUCCUGCACAUCGACACGGCUGCUGCACAGACAGGGGUGUCGAGGUUCCUGCAGGCUAACAGCGGCUGGAGGUAUGACAAGCGGGAAGACCUGUCGCCGGGCGCAGCGGGCAUGCUGUCCUACACCCACGUCCUCAUGGAGGCUGUGCCCGCGCACCUGGCCCUCUACAGGGACACUCACCGAGUCCUGGCCAGCAUCUCAGGUGCUGCUGGCGUGAGUCUGAACCUCACCAAGCUGCCUCCAUUUGAUGUCAACCUUCAGACGAAGCUGGUGCUCCUUGAGCGACUUCUCGGGCCAUCCUGAGAGCCAGCCCAGUCGGUGGCUUGGUGCGGAGCAAGGGGACUGGGCUGGGCCUUACUGGCACCCAGAGCCAUUGCCAAGGACAUGAGGCCCCUGCACCAGCUGCCAGGUGGGCAGCAGUGUCGGUGUGUCACCAGGCCUAGGUACCACUCAUGUCCACAAGGGUAUGGGGGCCCAGCCAUGUGGUGGCCCUGGUGCUGUCAGCACCACUGCUGCAGGAGCACCUUCUCCACUCCAGACGGAGUCGGAGGAAAGAACAUGUUCCUGGAAGAGCGAGAAUAAACUGUAGUACCUUC